CCAUUUUUCUUAUGAAAAAACCACAUCUAAAGCAGAAUGUUGAGCAUAUAUAUAUAAUGGGAGGUGGGGUGAGGUCGGGAAAACCAACUGGUUCCUGCCCACAAAGUGCAAGUUCAUCUUGCCUGCCUUCUCAGUAUGUUGAACGAGGUGAUCCAUUCUGGAAUACCACUCACCCUCGUACCCCUGGAUGCAACAAACACGAUUCCUAUAAAUGAGGAUUUCUUCAAGACAUUUGAAAAGAGCCAACAUACGUACGAGGCACAAUACUGCUUCCAAUCCUUGAAAAUUAUUCGUGAUACAUGGUUUAAUGACCAAUUUUAUACGAGCUAUUUCAUGUGGGACUCGUUUGCGUCGGGCAUAGCCGUUUCUAUCAUGCGCAAUUCACAUAACCAAAAUGGAGAAAAUGAAUUUGCUGAAAUGGAAUAUAUGAACAUAACUGUAAUCACUUCAAAUGAACCUUAUGCGGCAUAUGACGGUUCAAAUCCAUUCUUUGAUGGUCGUAAAAUCCCAAAGUUUAAUCUAAAGAAAGACGGAGUACACAGUGGCCAUGUCCAGACAAGCAUCAGAGAUCCAUUCUGCAUUGUGCAGAGUGAGAAGGAAAGAUGCCAGGAUGGCUAUACAAAGGAGAUAAAAGGUUCGGAGGGGGUACGUGUUCUUGUUGCUACCAGAGCAAAACCUAAUCCUGACAAUAGUAGUAAACUUGACAGAGCAUAUUUCAAGAGUUUCUUGGAUGUUCUGAAUCACCCACAACAAACUGGGAAGUUCAAUUUUACAACACAAUUUCCUUACUACAAAGAGGUUCUAUACAAACCAGAUUUUGGCAACAAGAAAUUGGGAAAACCUAUUGUCUUUGACAUGGAUAUGAGUGCUGGAGAUUUUCUUGCUCUCUUCUACCUUCUUAAGUUACCUGCAGAAGAGAUCAACCUCAAGGCUAUCAUUGUAAGUCCAACCGGGUGGGCAAAUGCUGCAACUAUAGAUGUGGUUUAUGAUUUACUGCAUAUGAUGGGUCGUGAUGACAUUCCAGUGGGCCUAGGAGAUGUAUUUGCUAUGGACCUGUCUGAUCCUAGAGACUGCAAGUAUGUGAAGGCCAUUCCACAAGGCAGUGGCGGAUUUUUGGAUUCAGAUACCCUAUAUGGGCUUGCACGCCAUCUGCCACGAAGCCCUCGAAGGUACACAGCUGAAAACUCGGUAAAGUUUGGAGCUCCCCGCGACACAGAUCAUCCUGAACUCAGACAGCCUCUGGCACUUGAAAUUUGGGAUUCCGUAGUGAAAACAUUGGAACCAGGAUCUAAGAUUAGCAUAUUGACCAAUGGACCAUUGACUAAUUUAGCAAAGAUUAUUCAAUCAAGGAAAAACACAAGCUCUGUGAUUCGGGAUGUGUAUGUUGUUGGGGGACACAUUAAUCAUGGAAAUUUGGACAAGGGAAAUGUGUUCACUGUCCAUUCUAAUGAAUAUACAGAAAUGAACAUGUAUCUUGACCCCUCUGCCGCAAAGACAGUUUUGGAGUCAUCACUGGACAUAAAACUUAUUCCGCUCAAUGCCCAACGCAAAGCAAGUUCUUUCUCCGAAAUCCUACAAAGAUUGGGCAAGACAAACAGGACACCUGAGGCAUUGUUUGCCCACCGUUUGCUGUCAAGGCUUUACCGGCUCCAACAAACUCACUACAGAUACCAUCACAUGGUAAAAUAUUACAAUCUUAAAACUAGUCUCUCAAGUUCUUUCAGGACCAUACAUGAAAUAGUGCAAUCCCAAAAGAGAAGUUUAACCUACAUUUUCUUGGCUUUCCUGCUUGAUAUUAUUUUACAGGACACGUUCUUGGGGGAAAUCCUUGGUGCAGUAGUCUUGGCUGGGGGUUCCUUGCUGAACCCAAUCUUGCAAAUCAAGCCUAUUAAGGUCCUAGCUGAUGGUGUUGAAUCCAAAGACGGACAAACUGUGGUGGAUGAGAAGCAAGGAAAAUUGGUGAAAAUAUUGGAAACUGUAGACCCUGUGGCAUAUUAUGAUACUUUUGCAAAUCAAAUGGGAGUUACGAAGCAAUCCGCUGUGAUAGGCAGCUUUGAGGAGCAGAGAAGAAUCUGGACAGGGACGGGAAUGAAUUCCCUUUUCCGGCCGCUUAAGAAGUGGGGCGGGGAGAAUUUGGAUAUUUUCUUUUCUAUUGUUAUUUUUUUAAUUUUAAUUUAUCAUUAUAUAAUAUAAAUGUGCUCAUUAAAAUUUAAA